AUGGAAGUGACGGCUCAGCGGGUUUGUGCAGACAUGAGCACCUCAGGAGAAAUAGGAUCCGAGCUCAAAUGCCUCGCAUUUUCUCUAGAGAAAUGUGGCCAGACCGAAACGACAGAUUCUCAAGAAAAGGGGUUUUUCUCGGGUGCGGAAGGAGAGCCCGAAACCGCAAUUGCGGACCUUGUAGAUAUCGACUUGGAGGCAGGAAGUCAAGCUGAAAAUGAUGAGGGCAGUGCCAGGGGGAAAUACACAAAAUACACAACACGGAGUAGUACAUCGGGAGGUUCCGCUGAUUGCCUAUUCGACGACGGCGAUGCAAGCAGUAUCAACGGGUCGGUUGUAGAAACAAACAUCGGCGUGCUGGAUGAGAAAAAGAAGACUGCGACGGCGAGUACGGCCGUCGUGAUUCUAAAGUCGUUUGUGGGCGCCGGGAUUCUGUUUCUUCCCCAUGCGGUGAUGAAGGGAGGAUUGAUUUUUUCUCUUUGUCUCCUUGUCGGGGUCGUCGGCCUUGCGCUGUACUGCAUGCACGUAUUGAUCAAGUGUUGUGAGCCGGGAGCCGCAGAGAGCUACGAAGAACUCGGAGAACAAGCCUUCGGCGCAUGGGGAGGCAUGGCCAUUGAGUCAUGCGUCUUUAUUUCUCAGCUGGGCUUCUGCACCAUCAACGCAGCCGUCGUUGCAGGCAACCUCCGGGAUGUGAUAUGGAGUGCUACACAGUGUUCGCCGGACUUCCACCUGCCUGUCAAAGCUCUCAUCUGGUGUGGAGCGAUCCUCUAUAUUCCGUUCAGUUUAAUCAAACACAUCAAGUAUCUCGCGCCCCUCAUGCUUGUAGGCAACAUCAGCACAGUAGUCGGGGUUGCCCUUCUGAUGGUCUGCGUCGGGAUGGAGGUGGGAUCCAACCACGGAAUCAACGAGGUCGAUCUCGUCAACACCAGCAAUUGGCCUCUUGUCCUCGGAACGAGCAUCUAUCUGUGGGAAGGCGCAGGCAUGGUGUUGCCCAUCCGGAAGUCUUCGAAGAAAGCUGUUCAGGAUAAUUUCUCCAAGCUGCUCAUCGCUUGCCUGGUGGCGCUGGUUAUCACGUACAUGGUCUACAGCGUCACGUGCAACUUGGCCUUUGGAAGACACCUAGAAGUUGUCAUUCUUUCGAAUCUACCAUCGGGCGUCCUCGGCCUCUCCGUCCAGACGAUUUUCGCAUUCGCCGUCCUGGUCACCUACCCGCUGAUGCUUUUCCCAGCGAGCACGAUUGUGGAACAGCGACUGCUGUCGGUCGUCAACGUCUCCGACCGCGUCCUCAAUUGGGUCGUGGGACCUACGAUUCGCAUCUCCCUUGUCAUCUUGACACUUGGGCUGGCGACAUCAGGUCUUCAGCAAUUGGAUAACGUGGUGGCACUGAUCGGCGGCGUGUGCGGCGUUCCACUCUCCUUCAUUUUCCCCGUGCUUCUUCACAUGAAACUGAGAGGAGACAAACGCAUCGCCUCGAAACUUCUCCAUUGGUUUAUUGUUCUCGGAGGCUUUGCGAUACAAGUUUUCUCCAUCACAUGGACAAUCAAAUCUUGGCACGGCGUCGACGACUACCCCGCACGUUGCAGCGGACAAGUUUGAUUCUUCAGCGGGAUUGAGAAGAGAGAGGCAGAGCUGCAUACAGAAAGGUCACAACGGGGCGGUUAACUGCAACGAGAAAGAGGAACAAAAGAACCAGCGGAUGACGCACGGGUUGACGCGGGCAUGGUCGGAGUUUUAUAUUGAGGAACGAUACACAAUUAUAUAUUAUAUGCACACGCCCGACCACUGAAAUAGAUAUGUGAUGCACUGGAAUCCACAAUAGAACAAGAUUAUGCACGCAUGCACAUAUGCGCGGGAGACGAAUACCCAUGAAGCCCACAACACGAAAUGUCUUUUAAAAAGAAUCGUUUUCUUACGUUUUCACGUGGGUAAAGGAUGGAAAGGAAGGGCUGACAAGGGACGAAUUAAGGUUUCUGCUGUACCAAGCAAACGCGCAUUGUUUUGUGUUGCUGAUGGAGCAAUUUCGGGCAACGGCACCGAUACGACCCCAGGGACAUGACGACAUUUUCUGCAUGGGUGUUUACAAGUACAUGUCUGGAUGUAGAUGUAAACAGUUGCACACGAAUAUAUAUAUAUAUAUAUAGAGAGAGAGAGAGAGAUGCAUCUAUGCAAUACGAGAUAUGCAUGCACCGGUACAUGGCAACAUGUGGAGAUAUAUUCAGGGAUUACAUGCUCCAAGGGGUGUUGUAUGAAUAAGCAGCGGUCGUGUAGUUGCAGGCAGGUUUCGGUUUCUCUUGGCAUCGCGGCUGUCAACGACCCGGGUAAUUCUUUUUUUCGUUCGUCGUCGCGUUGCUGAUUUUUUAUACGAGGCGUGAUAUAUAUCAACAUACGUAUCUAGGUGUGUGUGUAUCAAGAUUUAGAAAGAUAGGCAGAAUCGUGCGUAUAAAUGUGUAUGACAGACAGGAACCUGCUGUCUGCGCGUCAUUUCAUUACGUUGAAAAGAGGAAAGGAACCCAGAAGUAGAUGAGCCAACAACGGUAACACUCGCCAUCAGAGAUACGUUUUUCUUGUGGGAGUGGUUUCGCAAUGAGGUCCUUGUCAUAAUUCAGGAACUCGAUACGGUCUUGUCUUCUUCUUUUCUUAGUCUAAUGUGUCUGCACGGCGGUGAAUGUGGUUUAAUACUUUAC